AUGGGAGAUCGCGGAGGAAGUCGCAGCCGCGACCGUGACACCAAACGCAAGGACAGUCGGAGUCGUUCACGCAAGAAAGAUAGCCGAAGCCGGAGCCGGAGCAAAAGUGCAGAGGCGAGGCCCAAGCGACCAGAUGAUUAUGGUGUGGACACCAUGAAAAUCACUGAUGAUGACGCCGCCUUCAUCCUGGGCAAAGGUGGCAAAACCAAGGAGAAGAUUGCGAGGGUUUCCAACGCAGAAAUAGAGCUCUUCGAGCGAGAUUUGGUCUUGGAGAUCCGGGGGUCCAAGAAGGAGCGUCGUCGAGCAAAGAAAUAUGCCGAAGGUGUCAUGGCACAGCGGACGGGGCCCGUAACAGUGAACGAGGACUACGACGACGGAGAUUUGACAAUGCUGCGCGUUCCACAAGAGGCCGUGGGCUUCGUGACAGGGCGAGCAGGCAACUUCCUACGCACCAUCGAGGAAGAGUGGGGAACAUUGAUGUUUUUCGUCGAAGUGGAAAGCUCACGCUCCCGGAGCAAGGAGUACGAGAAACUCGCCAUCUUCGGAAACGUGAAAGCACGUCGCGGGGCAGAGCUGAAGGUCCUCAGCGCAGUGGAGACAAAGGUCCCCGGCUACUUUGACAAAAUCCGCGACGACGUGGUGCCUCGAGAUCGGGGUGCUGACCACGGAGACGGUUCUUGGGGCACGGACACGAUGACUUUUCAGGAUGACGAGCUGUCGUAUGCUUUGGGGAAACAGGGCGGCACCCGGAAGAAGAUCGAGAGAUCCUCCGGCGCCAUUGUGCAGUAUGUGGGGCAGGCGUUUGCCAUGGUCAAGAGCAUGGCGGCGCGCCAUGGCCGCCUGCACGUGAUUUGCUGGCUGUGGCUCUGGUCGUGCAUGCUGCUGGCGGACGUUUACAAGAGCCGGGUUUUUGCUGUGCAGCACCGCGAGAUUGAAGAUGUCGCAGCUGCCGCUUCCGAACGCAACGCCCAACAAUUCUUAGCACGGGUCCGGAAGAUACCUCUCACGAGCCAGAGAUCAAGCAUGGAAGAAGCGCUGAAUCAGACCGAUUUAGACGAACGCGGGAUCUCCCGUUUCCUGCUGAGUUGUUUGGAGGUGGCGGCCAAGGCCAAAGAUGAAGACGAGAGCAAGCUUAUUGGUAUGGUGUGCAGCUUGUGUAGUGGGGGCUCGGAAGAGGACCCGGCCGUACGUCAGCGAGCGCUUGUGGUUUCCUUGCAACUCUGGAGGCGCAAUGCCAGCCAGUUUACGGCCUUGCGGGUUCUGCACAGGUGGGGCAUCAACGAGACAGAUGCCACAGACCAGCAGUUAGAAGAGAUUCAAUUCAUGUCCGAGGAUUUGUUGGCGACUGACAAUUGGCGACUCCUUCCGCUGUUUUUGAAGGCAUUCCCCAGGUUUGCGAAAGAACAUGCAAGCAGGAUCGAUGAGGCCAUCGACAAGAUGUGCGAGGAGGGAAGCUUCAAAGCCGCAAUCCAAGUUGCGAAGUGUGCGUUGUGGCCGAGUUCUCGGAUCGGCCGGCUGUACCGAAAGCUGCAAUUCCAUCAGAUCAAAACUGGCGCGAAAUCCGAGGGCAAGGAGCUCGCUUCGGUCGCUGCCUGCAGAAACAACCAAGGCCUACAGACGCUCUUCGUGAAAGAGCUCUUCAAAGCAGGAAAACUCGAGCUGGCUUCCGAGCGCAUCAGCGCAUGGAGCCUCGAAGGCCUGCAGCCAACAUCCUGGCAGAAGUGGAAGGGUGGCAAGCGGGCUCGGAAGUUCUACCGGGCGCCGGCCCGUUUAAACGUUCGCACGGUGAGCUUGAAAGACGAAGUGGAGGAGGGCGUGUCGGUGUUGCAGCGGGCGCCGUGCAUCGGCUUCGACACCGAGCAUGCGCUGCUGAUCGAUUUGCUCACACUCCAGCCCGACUCUGCCGCAUCUACAGCAUCUCGGUCAGCUUCGCCGGCAACUUGCAUGGAGCUGGAGGGUCGCCAAGAUCUGCGGCAGUUGUCCACUUUUCUGGGCGUCGAUGCCAAGUCCGUGACGCCUCACUUUGACUUGAAGCAUCUGGGAGCGUUGUACCGCAUGAACAAAUCCGAUAUCGACUUCAACGAGGCCCUCGACGGCCUGGGGCUCUCCUCCCUGGCUGAGGAGGUCUUGGGCAAGCCGCUGAACAAGGAGAUGCGUGCAUCCGACUGGUCCAGAAGGCCCUUGCUGCCUGCACAGCAGCAGUAUGCGGCAGUGGAUGCCUGGAUUCUGGUGCAGCUGUGGCGGCGACUGAAGCACUUCGCGAAGUAG